UCUGAUCUGAUCUGGUAGAUCUGCGACCUUACUUUGGCCAGCUAUGGCUAGUCACUAAAGUUGGGAUCCUCAUUCCUUAACAAGACCUUCAAUCCACAGGUCAACGGCGAUCGUCGCCGCCCCUUGCAGCAAACAUGGGCUGCUGCCUCUCUCGUUCUUCGGGUCCCAACUCUCCCUACCCAGGUGGCGCACCCAACGCUUCGUCGCGCGCUAUCAAUCCUCCCCCGCUGGCACUCCCAGAAGCCGCUCAACCGCAAAUUCCCGCCGAAAGACGUCGCCAGCACCGUCGCAGUAAUCGUCCUCUGGAUCAGCAUAUCGAUAAGCCUUUGCGACGACACGAGUGGACUUCACGCGAUCGCACAUGGACUAAGAGCGAAUUGGCAAAGGAACGAGUUGCCUUCUUUGAUACAAGAGUCACCGGCAGACCUGAGAUAUGGCAGACAAUUCAUGCGGCCCUGGCUGUCUUGUGGGAUCCAGCGGGCCAGGAUGCGCAAGAUGACGGAUCCAAUGGCCUUGCGACGGCUCAGAUGAUUCUAUCCGCUGCUGAGAUCUCUCUCCCGACUGGCAACCUCUCCAAUGGCGUGUACGACUCUCUAGGAAACUACUAUCAAAUGCCGGAAUGGGUUGUUUGCGAUCCGCUCAAUGUGCAGGAGGAUCGAGAAGAGGGCGCAAAGAGUAAUCUCUCAAAUGCUGGCGACGACACAGCAGCAGAUGAAGAACUGAGCGACGAAGAGAUGGAGGGCAAGAAACAAGAAAAGGGUAAAGAGGUGGACGAUGCCCAAGAGACAGUCAAACUACGAGCCAGGCUCAGUGAGAACGGCCAAGAUAUCAACGUCGCCAUAUAUGAGUCGGAUACUGUUCGUAGUGUAGCCAAAAAGAUUGCUCUCGAGGCUGGCCUUGCGUCGACCAAGAAGAUCAGGAUAGCAUACAUGGGUAAGAUUCUUAAGGACAAUCUAUCUCUCACGGCACAAAACUGGCAGACUGGUCAUGUCGUCAAUGCUCUUGUCUUUGACAUUUGAUUGUGCCCUACCGCUAUCCUCCCAGCGUCAGACAUGAAGCAACCUGGUCCCUGAACAUUUGUCUCAGCCAAACACUUCACCCUCAUCA